AUGCUCAAAGGAGGUGCCAACAGCAAUUCGUGGUGCGAUUGUUGCUGCAAAAUUGUCAACAAUUCCGGAGUCAUUUUGAAGGUCACGGGGAAGUGCGGAUCGGUGACUGUUCGUCUUAUUCCUGCACCAAGAGGCACCGGGAUUGUGUCGGCACCUGUGCCGAAGAAACUGCUCCAAAUGGCUGGUGUGGAAGACUGCUACACUUCUGCCUGUGGACGAACGUCUAAACUGGGCAAUUUUGCAAAAGCGACGUAUGCUGCAAUUCUGCGUACGUAUUGUUACUUAACACCGGACUUGUGGGAACACCAGAAGGUUGAGAAGACCCCGUUCCAGCUUUAUUCAGAUUACAUCUUACAUGGUUUACCUCGUCAUGGCGAGACCCUUAUCGAGCCACUUUAA